AUGUUAAUGGGGCGAUACUAUACUCCGAGUACAAUACUUGACUACUAUUCGGCUCUGACAGAAGUUUUCUUCGAAGGGCGGCUGUUUCAUGAAAUUGCAAUGAAAAAGUUCUUUCUCACUGUGCCAACUAAACACUCAAGUCCUGAUCGGUUCGAUCACUUGUACGGCAAAGGUGGACGUGGUGCUUGGCAUGAUAACUACAAUGCGAAUCUUUUCAUGAUCCAUCCAAUCAAACUCAGUUUCCUCUCUAAUCGUAGAAUGCGAAAGCAGUAG